AUGUACAUCACCCUUUACGACAUAGUCACCCGGCUCCCUGACUCUCUCCGCGUAGUCAGGGACCACUUCCUCUCAGUUUGCCCCACCACUCUCACCGUUGAACUCCUCGAGAAGGCCCUCCUAGCAGCAGAGAAGAGCAUAGUCGCUGUAGGAGCCUCUCGUGGUGACCCUCGCACCCCCGUCUUUGAGGGGUAUUCCCCCUCCCCCCUCCUGCCCUCUGUUGCUUCUUCUGCUGCUGCCAACCUCGUUGGUUUCUACAAGGUCGGCGCAGCGUCUGCCCCUAGCGGGAGACGCUGCACCGGCAAGGGCAAGGGGGGCAAGGGAACUGGAGGGGCUAGUGGGGGCGGUGGAGGUGGUGGUGGAGGCAGUGGAGGGAGUGGGGGUGGUGGUGGGAGUGGUGGCGGGGGUGGCGGCGGCGGCGACAGCAGUGGAGGCGGAGGAGGCGGCGGAGGUGGCGGAGGAGGCGGAGGUGAAGGAGGAGGCGGAGGCGGCGGCGGCGGCGGUGGUGGAGCGGGUCGCAACUCUGCGCAGAGGAGUGGGUCAGGUGGUGGUCCGCGCCAGCAGCAGCAACGUGGUGUGCCCCGUUGUCCCCUCAGCAGCUUCGUGAGUGGUACGCUGCGCGUCAGCGCGGUGGGGGUACUGGUCCCUGCACUUACGUCCUCCGUUGCGGCGACCGAGCUGGCCUUACACACCUUCACCCUUGACUCGGGUGCGUCCCGCUCCUUCUUUCAAGACCGCACCACUCUUACGCCGCUCAGUCGGACGGUUGCAGUCUCCCUUGCGGACCCCUCUGGGGGUCCUAUCCUUGCUAGCUUCUCCACUGUCUUACCGUGCCCGGCAGCCCCCUCUGGCACCCUGUCAGGUCUCUACCUCCCCUCGUUCUCUACGAACUUGGUGAGUGGAGCGGACCUACAGGAUAGGGGGGUUGACCAGUUCACUCCUGCGAGUCAGCGGGUGACCCACUGCAUGUGUGCUCGGACAGGCCGACACUUGGCCACGUUCACCCGUCGGCCAGGGUCGAGCAUGUACACCCUUACCAGUGAGUCUCCUCCGGCUGCUGAGUCUGGCCAGGUAGCUGCGACGAGUCAGGUGUUUGCUGCAGCGUCCAGGUCUCGUCCUAAGGGUGCGUCAGAUCCGCUACAACGUGAUUUGGCUGCAAAUUUGUCGCCCUUUUGGUCGACUCCUUUUUUCGCCAAAGUCGACAGAAUGGUCGAAUGCUAA